AGUGCGCGCUUUGAGUUUCCGGGGAGGAGGACGGGAGAGGACCUGGGCCCGGAGGUUCCUACCGUCGCGGAGCAGGCAAUGGCGGUGGUGGUCUGGGGGCUGCGGCUCUGCCGGACCGCCCCCAGCGGCGGGGCUGCCUGGAGGUCUGUGGCCACAUCACCUGCUUCUCAGCUGUCACCGACCGAACUGAUAGAAAUGCAGAAUGAUCUCUUUAACAAAGAGAAAAACAGGCAGCUGUCACUCACUCCCCGAACUGAGAAGAUCGAAGUGAAACACGUUGGGAAAACUGACCCUGGCACUAUCUUUGUGUUGAAUAAAAACGUUUCCACUCCUUACAGCUGUGCCAUGCAUUUAAGUGAGUGGUACUGCAGGAAGUCAAUUCUGGCUCUUGUGGACGGACAGCCUUGGGACAUGUAUAAACCUUUGACCAAGUCCUGUGAAAUUAAAUUUCUUACUUUCAAAGAUGAUGAUCCAGGAGAAGUCAAUAAGGCUUAUUGGCGUUCUUGUGCCAUGAUAAUGGGCUGUGUGAUAGAGAGGGCAUUCAAAGAUGAAUAUGUGGUCCGUUUGGUCAGAGCCCCAGAAGUUCCAGUGAUCGCUGGAGCCUUCUGCUAUGACGUCGUUUUGGAUAAGAGACUUGAUGAGUGGAUGCCAACAAAAGAGAACCUGCGUUCUUUCACAAAAGAUGCUCGUGCUUUAAUUUAUAAAGAUCUUCCAUUUGAAACCCUGGAAGUUGAAGCAAAAGUGGCAUUAGAAAUAUUUCAGCACAAUAAGUACAAAGUAGAUUUCAUAGAAGAGAAGGCAUCUCAGAACCCUGAGAGAAUAGUCAAGCUACACAGAUUUGGUGACUUCAUUGAUGUGAGCGAGGGCCCUCUUAUUCCAAGAACAAGUAUUUGUUUCCAGUAUGAAGUGUCAGCGGUUCACAAUCUGCAAGCCACCCAGUCGAGUCUUGUACGAAGAUUCCAGGGUCUCUCUCUACCUGUGCACUUGAGAGCACAUUUUACAAUAUGGAAUAAAUUAUUGGAAAGGUCUCGGAAAAUGGUAACUGAAGAUCAAACUAAGCCUACAGAGAAGAGUGCAUCUACCUAGUUACUUCCUCAAAUUUAAAUAUGUAUAGUAAAUUAAAAUAAAAGUUUUCUAUGUACUGUU